AUGUUGAUUCACACCAUCGCGGUCCUCUGUACUAGCGCAGUUGGCACUGCGGCAAAGCAGCUAUGGUCAACCGAGCCUGCCGAUAUGUCACACGUUGAGAUGACAGCAUAUCCCUUGGGUAAUGGGAAACAGGGUGCCAUGCCAUUGGGCGUUGCAGGAAAGGAUAUCGUAUACCUCAAUCACGACAGUCUAUGGUCGGGUGGCCCCUUUGCAAACAAGAACUAUGUCGGCGGAAACCCCAAAUCUUCGCUUGCCGAGCAUCUCCCAGGGAUUCGAGAGUCCAUCUUCAAGGAUGGAACUGGAGAUGAAUCUGCCUUGUAUGGUAGUACGGAUAAUUAUGGAACCUAUGAGAUUUUGGGGAACCUCACUGUCGGUAUUGCUGGCACUGAGAAGGUCACGUCCUAUAGGCGCUCCCUAGAUCUUGAUACUGCCAUCCACGAGGUCAAGUACAAGUCAAACGGAGUGGAUCUCACAACGAUCCAAUUCUGCUCGUACCCAGCAAAGGUCUGCGUUUACUAUAUCGAAUCUUCUAAUGCAUUGCCAGAUGUGACGGUCGGGCUUCAAGAUCUGGCACGAACAGCGCCGGCCUCCAAGGUUUCGUGCUCCUCGGCCGGUAUCCGACUUCAUGGCCAGACACAGACUGAUCCUGAUGAGAGGGACAUUGGUAUGCUAUUUGAUGCGCACGUUCAAGCUGUUACGCCCUCGAAAAUUACCUGCAACCCAUCGAAUGAGAUAGUGGUCAGCGGAAAUACUGCAAAGUCGCUAUUGCUCCUUGUGGGCACAGGCACCAACUACGACCAGACAAAGGGUAGCAGCGCGGACAAAUACUCGUUCAAAGGACCCGAUCCGUAUCCCAACGUUCUUUCAACUGUCCAGGCGGCCUCCAAAGACUCCUACGAGUCCCUGCGCAAAAGCCACAUAACCGAUCACCAGUCAUCCAUGCAUAAGUUUACCUUGGAUCUUCCAGACCCGAAGAAGUCUGCCGAGGUCGAUACAACAACGUUGAUAAACGGUUAUUCCACCGAAGAAGGAGAUCCAUUCGUUGAAUCAUUGAUUAUAGACUACGCCAAGUACCUAUUUAUCGCGUCUUCCAGACCAGGGUCUCUUCCUCCUAAUUUGCAAGGCAAUUGGGCGCCAAACAUGGCUCCUCCAUGGAGCGCGGAUUACCACAUUAAUGUAAAUCUACAAAUGAACCAUUGGCACACCGAAAUGAUGGGCUUAGGGGACCUCAUGGGUCCCCUGUGGGAUCACAUGAAGAAUACCUGGGUACCAAGAGGCACCGAGAGUGCAAAGCUCUUCUAUGGCGCAGAUGGUUGGGUUACACAUACCAACUUGAACAUAUUUGGGCAUACAGCGCAAGAGAAUGAUGCUUCUUGGUCGAACUACCCAGUAUCAACUGCCUGGAUGAUGAAACAUGUGUGGGAUCGAUACGACUAUUCCCGAGACCUUGAGUGGUAUCGAUCUUCGGGAUACCCGAUGAUCAAGGGUGUGGCCCAAUACUGGCUCUCAAUGCUGACAUCAGAUGAAUAUUUCAAAGAUGGAUCUUUGGUUGCUGUUCCUUGCAACUCACCAGAGCAUGGUCCCACUACGUUUGCCUGUGCGCAUUGGCAACAGCUCAUUUGGGAACUCUUCGACCAUAUUAUUAGGGACUGGGAGGCUUCAGGUGAUAAGGACGAGAGUUUCCUUCAGAGCGUGAAAAAGGCAUAUCAAAGUAUCGACAGCGGGGUUCACGUGGGCUCAUGGGGUCAGAUUAAAGAGUGGAAACUGGAGAGGGAUCACAAAAAUGACACCCACCGUCAUCUGUCCGAGCUUUAUGGAUGGUACCCGGGAUAUGCCAUUUCCGGGGUGCACGCGGACAAUCAAACAGUCAUAGAUGCUGUCACUACCACGCUCUAUUCCCGUGGUAAUGGAACCGAAGAUUCCAACACCGGAUGGGAGAAAUUUACGAAGAACAGCUACAUGGAGCUCAAGUACAGCAUCGACAUGAAUUUUGCGCCGAACGGGCUGUCUGGCUCCACGUCAUCCACACCGCCCUUCGAUCUUUCGACACCUUUCCAAAUAGAUGCCAACUUCGGCAUUGCUGGAGCCGCACUCGCAAUGCUAGCGACUGACAUACCGCAGGCAUUUGGUGAUACCAGCACCCACAGAGUUAUUUUGGGUCCCGCCAUCCCAAGUGCGUGGGGAUUAGGCUCGGUUAAGGGGCUGAAGCUCCGUGGAGGUGGAAGGGUGGCUUUCAAAUGGGAUAGCAACGGGAAAGUGACGGAAGCGACCGUAGAUGGACGCUCGCUACCUUUGGUCGUGUUCGAUCGGGAGGGCAAGGUCUUGGCGAAGCAGUAG